AUGGGUUGUGCACGGUGUGGUGCCGAUGAGGAAACAGUGAGUCAUGCCCUUUUUAUUUGUCCACCGACUCGUCAAGUUUGGGCGUUAUCUCAGGUACCAGUGGGACCAAAUUCCUUUCCAAUGAAGUCAGUGUGUGCAAAUUUGGACUAUUUUUUAGGCUCUAAGAAUUCGGGUUCUCAAGUAUCGGCUUAUCCUUGGAUUUUGUGGUAUAUAUGGAAAGCAAAGAAUGCACGAGUUUUUGAGAAUGAAGAUGAGCAGCCUGAGGAGAUUAUUUGGGUAGCAGAAGGCGAGGCGCUGACCUGGCAGCAUGCCCAGGAGGAGGGCGAGGAUGAGGAUCUCACUUCCUGCCAUUUUGACUCUCACCCAAGGCUAAGGGCGACUGCAAGCUCCCUUCCUACUAUCUAUUCAGGCUACCGUUGUUUCAUUGAGGGAUCUUGGAAAGUAGGAGAUUCGUUUGUAGGCGCAUGA